AUGACGCUCGCUGUUCAAGGCGUGGAACUAUUCCGGCUUGUGAAGCGUGAAAAAGAGCUGCAUCGACAGAUUCUUACUUUUUCUAUCUCGCACGACAACCGAUCUGUGAGGAUUUAUGGCCAUUAUCCCGUCAUUGAAGGCAAAAAGACUAUGUUCUACAGUCAUCCCAUUCAUACUUUUGACUUCAUCGCACUGGAUGGGGAAGAGAAAUGGCCGGCAUACAGGUUUAUGAGGAAUGUCUAUGAGGCCUGGAUGGCUGCUCACUUCAAAAAGCUUUGUUUAACCAUCGAUACAAUACCAUACCACCCGAUAUACAGUUCGAACCCUCGGGAGAAUCCGAUCUGCACUUCCCCUCAUCAUCUGGGCUUUCUCAAGGCCUUGAAAGUCAACACCUCUCGGAGUCAGGAGCCACAGAUGAAGACGAAUUAA